AAAUAAUGUAGGGUCAUGUUUGGAAAAAAUUAAAAUGGAUAAAAUCAAAUUCAAUUCUAAAUCAAAUAGUGAUAUUAGCCUUAUUAAUAAAACAGAUAGAAAAAGCGUAAGAGACCGCAAAGAUAAUGCAAAAACAAUAAUCAGUAAUGUAAUCAAGAAACGAGGGGUAUACGUCGAAAAAUUCUCAGGUAUAGAACCGAACAGUAUGGAAGAAUUAUCACAAGGGAACAAUAAGAAGUUAUUAGAGUCGGUUCUGUCGACCCUUACUAAAUCUUCAAAAGCGACACAAUGGCCGGGCGAAAAAAAGAUUAACAAGGAAAACGUACAGUUCAGGAAAAAGAAAGUAGAAAGUAAAGAAAGAACACCAAUUAUUGUGCUAAAACCAAACAGCACUGUAAAUAAAACAGAAGCAAUUAUACCAAAUCGUGGUGUAGGAAAACCUCUAGCUAAAACGAAAAAUCCUCAAAAAACAUCACCGCAGGCUAAAGUAAAAAUAGCAGCGGAGAAAGCACCAACAAAGUCGAAAAUUAAUGUUAACAGGACGACUGUAGCCAAAUAUAAAACUGCCGAUAUCAAGACUACUUCGAAAGGUCCAGAAAAAACAGCUCCAAAUAUUACACAUGAGUAUGUAGCUCGCAGAGUUAAAAGAUACUUGCUUAGACAAGCUUCCCCUGAUAAUACACUGAUCAGUGAUGAAAUAAAAAAGCCGGAAGAAAAUUCAUACGAUAUUGAAGCGAAAUCGGAAGACACACUAGAUGAUACCGAACAUGACGCAAAAAUAUACAGUCUUAUCGAAGAUUAUCUAGAAAAUGCUAUCAAUAUUUGUAGCGAUAACCUCAGCGACAAAUCCGUUACAAACUUGCAGAUAGAUGAAGAAGUUGCUAAGAAAUUGAUGAUAAUAGAGAGUGAUGGUGGUAGUCAACGCAGUCUCGUAUACUGUCCCUAUACAAAAAAUUCCAGCAUGACCACUGUAAAAACAUGCGUAGAAGACAUUUCGAAAACCUUGGAAAAACAACAUAAUAUAAGUGUUGGUAAAGAGUGUAUGGCUGAAGUAAAAAUUAAAAAAGAAGAAAAUAUUAAAAGUAAAAGAUAUAGCAAAAAUGCAAAACCUAUUAUUAUAAACAAUAAAUCAAAUUCUUUAGAACCUUCAAAACAAAAAACUCGAAGGAAACCAGCUCCUGUACAAAAAUUUGUAAACAGAACAGAUUUCCUCGUUCAGAACAUAUACAACAUACAAUUAAAUUCACAUAAGCUAAAAACUAAAAAAAUUGAAUCAGUCAAGCAUUUAAAAAAUCCAGCAGUCUUUCAGAAGCCUCAAAAUUUUUUUGAGACACUAUCGUUAAUUUUGAAAAACAAAAACAGGACUUACAAGUCACUUUAUCCCAAUAUGGAUUUAAAACUCCAACAUCUAAAGAAUUUUGCAAAUGAUAAAAAAUUUAAAUACAAAUGAAACAAAGUAAA